AUGGGAGCCAAAGUACCACGAAACUUCCGGCUGCUGGAGGAGCUCGAGAAGGGAGAGAAGGGAUUGGGAGCAGAGGCUUGCUCCUACGGCCUGGAAGAUCAAGAUGACCUCCUCAUGUCCAACUGGAACGGCACCAUCCUGGGACCUCCUCACAGCGUACAUGAGAAUCGGAUUUACAGUUUAAAGAUCCACUGCGGCGACCGCUACCCCGACACCCCACCUGAAGUCACCUUCGUCUCGAAGAUCAACCUGCCAUGCGUGGAUCAGAGGACCGGCAAGGUUGACCCAUCGAAGCUGCCCUGCCUUAUCCAGUGGAGGCGUGACUUCACCAUGGAGACUAUACUCAUUGAGUUGAGGCGGUACAUGGCCCUCCCUCAGCACAAGAAGCUCCCUCAACCUCCUGAAGGUACAACCUACAGCUGA